CGCUCCCGUCAAGUUCGCCCGUGAGAGAGCGAGUUUUAUGAGCGCGCACGGAAAAACGGAGGCUGAACCGCGUCCGAACUGAGCGCAAACGGAGGAUAUUUUUACUGCGGGAACAGGCCGUCCUGACUGCGUGAUUUCUCACCGUGUGCGCGGGAUUUACACACAGCACGGGCGUUACAAAGGAGCGGAGAUUUUUGGGAAGGAAACGGAGGACGGAUCAGGAAUGGAGUCUUUCUCAGCCCGCAGGAGGAAUCUGACCCCAGGACUGGACACUGAAUGAUUUCUGGACCGGACCGGAAUACAAAACGCUGGAUUUCCGUCACCCUGCGCCCUCCCUCCGUGGCCGAUGAGCGUGAUCAGAUCUGAGGAGGACCUGAAGGACGGAGGCGCGUGCUGAGGAGCUGUUUCCUUUCGGCGUGUUUUUUUUUUCUCCUGUUCGUACAGACCAUGUGGCCGACAGCUCAGAGGAACCGUGUCCUGGCGGCCUGGCCCGGAUGGCGCGCGGCCGGUCUGUGGAUAUGCUCGGCGUUGGCGAUGGCGCAGGUGCAGGCUCAGAUCUAUUACCCGACGGUGAACACGCAUUACGGGAAGCUGCGUGGCGUCCGGGUGCCCCUGCCCAGCGAGAUCCUGGGCCCGGUGGAUCAGUACUUGGGCGUGCCGUACGCAGCGGUGCCCGUGGCGGAGAAACGCUUCCUGCCGCCCGAGCCUCCGUCGUCGUGGUCGGGCAUUAAAAACGCCACGCACUUCGCACCCGUGUGCCCACAAAACAUCCACAACGCCGUGCCGGAGAUCAUGAUGCCCGUCUGGUUCACUUUUAACUUGGAUAUAGUGACUACGUACAUACAGGAGCAAAACGAGGAUUGUUUGUACCUCAACAUUUACGUCCCGACGGAGGAUGACAUCCGAGACACGGGCGCCAAACCUGUGAUGGUCUACAUUCACGGAGGAUCCUACAUGGAGGGCACGGGGAACAUGAUCGACGGCAGCGUGCUGGCCAGCUACGGCAACGUCAUCGUCAUCACGCUCAACUUCCGCGUCGGCGUCCUGGGGUUCCUGAGUACGGGGGAUCAGGCUGCUAAAGGGAAUUACGGCCUGCUGGAUCAGAUCCAGGCCCUGCGCUGGAUCAGCGAGAACAUCGGUUACUUCGGCGGCGACUCGAACCGCAUCACGGUGUUCGGCUCGGGGAUCGGAGCCUCGUGUGUGAGUCUGCUCACCCUGUCCCAUCAUUCUGAAGUGCGCUUACAGUCGGCAGUUUGGAAUAAAACGCUGCCAAAAUGUUUUCAGCCCAUGCCAACUGUGACAGGCUUUCCUCUGGCUGAGGAGCGUGAGGAGAAUGGGAAUAAACACGGCGCUGGGUACGCUUCGGCGCGGAUGUGA